UUUGUUAGAGAGGAGUCGGAGCAUGCAUGAAAUUCAUUGAACCGAACAUCGAGGAUCUUAGAAAGUAGGGCACACCGGUCGGUUUGCUGGUCCAGUUGGAAGCACUUUGCCUUUGGUUAAACAUAACUUGGAAAUCAUGGAAAACAAGCAAACUAUCAACUUUGGAGCAGGACCUGCAAAACUGCCACAGUCUGUUUUGCUUCAAGCUCAGAAGGAGUUGACAAACUACAAUGGCAUUGGCAUCAGUGUCCUGGAGAUGAGCCACAGAUCCGCAGAUUUCACCAAGAUUAUCAACACCACUGAGAACCUGCUGAGGGAGCUCCUGAAGAUCCCAGACAACUACAAAGUGCUUUUUUUGCAAGGGGGCGGGUCUGGCCAGUUCAGUGCCGUCCCUCUCAAUCUGAUUGGUCUGAAGGAGGAGAAGCGGGCCGACUACAUUGUGACAGGAACUUGGUCGGCUAAAGCUGCCAAGGAGGCGGAGAAAUAUGGCAAGGUCAACGUGGUGCACCCCAAACUGGACUCCUACACCAAGAUCCCAGAGAGCGGCGGCUGGGCGGUGGACUCAAGCGCCUCCUACCUGUACUACUGCUGCAACGAGACGGUGCACGGCGUGGAGUUCAACUUCACCCCGGACCCCAAGGGGCCAGUGUUGGUCAGCGACAUGUCCUCCAACUUCCUGUCCCGCCCCGUGGACGUGUCCAAGUUUGGGUUGAUCUUUGCCGGUGCCCAGAAGAAUGUGGGGUGUGCAGGUGUCACGGUGGUGAUUGUACGGGAGGACCUCCUGGGAGCGGCGCUAAAGGAGUGUCCUAUCGUCCUGGACUACCAGGUUCAGGCUGGGAACAGCUCCCUCUACAACACCCCACCCUGCUUCAGUAUCUACAUUAUGAGUCUGGUUCUGGAGUGGAUCAAGAACAACGGUGGAACUGAAGCCAUGGAACGUCUCAACAUACAGAAAUCCUCCCUCAUCUAUGACAUCAUUAGUGCCUCCAAUGGCUUCUACACGUGCCCUGUGGAUCCAGACUGUCGCAGUCGGAUGAAUGUGCCGUUCCGCGUGGGCAGCAGCCAGGGUGAUGAUGCAUUGGAGAAGAAGUUUCUGGAUGGAGCUGCCAAGCUUGGCAUGAUCUCUCUUAAGGGACACAGGUCCGUCGGAGGCGUCCGUGCGUCCUUGUACAAUGCUGUGACUGUGGAGGAUGCACAGGCUCUUGCCAACUACAUGAGUCGCUUCCUGAAGGAGCACCAGUCCGGAUAGUCGUGCAUCACUGCCAAUCAGACGUCUUGUUUACUAAUGGCCUAUGCCACUGACCAAUCAUGAACCAGCUUGUUUACAGUUAGAACACUAACGUAAGAUGUUACUAAUAGCACUCUAUGCUGUUAAUGCAACUUUGUAAUGCGCACAUUCUGUGGGAGACCUCUGUCAAGCUUUUCAAUCUCAGAGGCUGCCUUGGGAGUUGUAGUUUUUUUUGGAAAUAGAUCUGUGUCAUGUUUGUGCCUUUAAUGUAUAUAGAUAAAUCUUUUUAUCUGUGUAUGAAGUUUUAUGUCCACAUUCCAUUAAAAGUCUUAUUGUCAA